AUGAGUACUCCUGCAAACUAUACACGUGUUCCCUUGUGCGAACCAGAGGAGCUGCCAGACGACAUACAAAAAGAAAAUGAAUAUGGUACACUAGAUUCUCCUGAGCAUUUGUAUCAAGUCAAAUCACGUCAUGGGAAACCACUAUCUGAACCUGUUGUUGACACUCCUCCUUAUUACAUUUCUUUGUUAACAUAUCUAAACUAUUUGAUUUUGAUCAUACUGGGUCAUGUUCAUGACUUUUUAGGUAUGACUUUCCAAAAGAAUAAACAUCUAGACCUUUUAGAACAUGAUGGGUUGGCACCUUGGUAUUCUAACUUCGAGAGUUUUUAUGUCAGAAGAAUUAAAAUGCGCAUUGAUGAUUGUUUUUCUAGACCAACCACUGGUGUUCCUGGUAGAUUUAUUCGUUGUAUUGAUAGAAUUUCUCAUAAUAUAAAUGAGUAUUUUACUUACUCAGGUGCAGUGUACCCAUGCAUGAACUUAUCGUCAUACAACUAUUUAGGAUUUGCGCAAAGUAAGGGUCAAUGUACUGAUGCUGCCUUAGAAUCUGUCGAUAAAUAUUCUAUUCAAUCUGGUGGUCCAAGGGCUCAAAUCGGUACCACGGAUCUGCACAUUGAAGCAGAGAAAUUGGUUGCUAGGUUUAUCGGUAAGGAGGAUGCUCUCGUUUUUUCUAUGGGUUAUGGUACGAAUGCAAAUUUGUUUAACGCUUUCCUGGAUAAGAAAUGUUUAGUUAUCUCUGAUGAAUUGAAUCACACCUCCAUUCGGACAGGUGUUAGGCUAUCUGGUGCUGCUGUGAGAACUUUCAAGCAUGGUGAUAUGGUGGGUUUAGAGAAGCUUAUUAGAGAACAGAUAGUACUUGGUCAACCAAAAACAAAUCGUCCAUGGAAGAAAAUUCUAAUUUGCGCAGAAGGGUUGUUUUCCAUGGAAGGUACUUUGUGUAAUUUGCCAAAGUUGGUUGAAUUAAAAAAGAAAUAUAAAUGUUAUUUGUUUAUCGAUGAAGCCCAUUCCAUAGGUGCUAUGGGUCCAACUGGUCGUGGUGUCUGUGAAAUUUUUGGUGUUGAUCCUAAAGACGUCGACAUCCUUAUGGGUACUUUUACUAAGUCAUUCGGUGCUGCCGGUGGUUACAUUGCUGCUGAUCAAUGUAUUAUCGAUAGAUUAAGGUUGGAUUUAACCACUGUGAGCUAUAGUGAGUCAAUGCCGCCUCCCGUUUUAGCUCAAACUAUUUCUUCAUUACAAACUAUUAGUGGUGAAAUAUGCCCAGGUCAGGGUACUGAAAGAUUACAGCGUAUUGCCUUUAACUCCCGUUAUCUACGUUUAGCUUUACAAAGGUUGGGAUUUAUUGUCUACGGUGUAGCUGACUCACCAGUUAUCCCACUAUUACUGUAUUGUCCUUCAAAGAUGCCCGCAUUUUCGAGAAUGAUGUUACAAAGAAGGAUUGCUGUUGUUGUCGUUGCCUAUCCUGCUACUCCGUUGAUCGAAUCUAGAGUUAGAUUCUGUAUGUCGGCAUCUUUAACAAAGGAAGAUAUCGAUUAUUUAUUGCGUCAUGUUAGCGAAGUUGGUGACAAAUUGAAUUUGAAAUCAAAUUCGGGCAAAUCCAGUUACGACGGUAAACGUCAAAGAUGGGACAUUGAGGAGGUCAUUAGAAGAACACCCGAGGAUUGCAAGGACGACAAGUAUUUUGUCAAUUGA